AUGGAUCAAGUAGUAGAAGAAGUGGAGAAAGUCAAGAAAGAUUUCCAAGAAACGUCCAGCCAAACCCUCAAAUACAUUGAUUCCAUCCAAGAAUAUGGGAAAAAAACAAGAAUUACAGAAGGAAUUGAAAUUGAGGAAGAGGAAAAUAAAGAUUCGUUGCCAAGAUUAAAUGGGUUGGCUCAGGAUGGUUUGAAUAUGCUCCAAUCACUCCAGUUCAAGCUUGAUCUCCUGUCCCCACAACUUCCCUCCAUUGAUUAUGUUGAAAAGGCCCAAGCUUUAGCUCAAUCUUGGAAAAAUCAAAUCCAAAGGUGGUGUUUACAGAGAGAGCUGCUUUUGGGAGGUGGAGAAGAGUCUACAAUUCGCAGGCGCAAUCUACAGACAAAAGCUGGAAUGACCUCUGCAGCUGACAGCAUCACAGAGAGCCUUAGGCGUUCUCGGCAGCUCAUGGUUCAGGAGGUUGAAAGGAGUGCAAGCACACUGAUGACAUUUGAGGAGUCAACUGGAGUUUUAAGGAAGGCUGAAAGUGAGUACAAGGGCCACCGUUCGUUACUGAUGCGGACCCGAGACCUUCUCUCCACAAUGCAACGUCAAGAUGUUCUUGACAGGUUGAUAAUUAUUGUUGGAUUUCUUAUUUUCUCGUUGGCCGUCCUUUAUGUUGUUUCAAAGCGCAUUGGGAUACUCAAGUUGCAGAAUAAGAUUAUGGAUGCUGUGAAAGCUGGAAUGGCAGGACAAGAAGGUAUCGUCGUACCUAUAGCUGGCCGAGAUGGUAUUUGUGUUGCUCCAGUUCAUGAGAAUGUAGUUCCUCGUAUGGAUGUAACAUUAGAACAACCUAUGCACGACGAACUUUGA